UGCCAACAGAGGAAGAAAGUUGAUCGGAAAGUUGGAAUAUUCUGUCGGUAAGUGGGACCGAAACUGCAUGUCGCUCUCGCUGCGUGUGUGCGCGUGUCAUGGAGGAACUAAGCCCAGGGGAUGGGCGCGGGACCUGGCGGCUGCUAUAUAACAGCGCGAGACCUCUUCCUGCUUCAUUCUUUCUUCUCGUCUCGAGUCUCCAACAGGAUAAAUCAUGUCAGGUUGGGAUUCGUGGUUGGCAAGUCUGACGGCCGGUGAGAAAACGUUCCAAGAAGGUGCGAUCGUGGGGCACGAGCCUGGAGCAGAGUCAGUGUGGACGGCGACACCAGGGGGGAAGCUUGCAAACAUCACGGUAGCAGAGAUCAAGAUGCUGGUGGGGAAAGACCGCUCCCCCCUGUUCUCUGGGGCUCUGACGGUGGGGGGGGUGAAGUGCACCGCCCUGAGAGACACGCUGCUGUCGGAAGACGCGAAAACCCUGGACCUGAAAACCAAGGUCUACGACGGCCAGCCGGACACCUUCGGCAUCUCUAUAGCCAAGACCCCCAAUGCCCUGGUCAUCUGUAAAGGGCAGAAGGAAACCCAUGGAGGAGUUCUGAACAAGAGAGUGUCUGAAGUGGCUGAGCAGUUACGAACAGCGGGAUACUGAUCCCCGACCCCCUGUGCCCUAUAACCCCCACUGCCAAAUAAAAGAAAACAGUUUUAAUUUAAA